UCUCAGUUUAAGUUGACCAUUCAAAGAUGAAAGGCAUAUGUUGAUGUUUGUAUCAACUUUAAAUGUGAUAAUUUUCUUAAUAAGUUGUUGUUGAAUUCAUUGAUCGUGCCUUUUAUUAUUUAAAGGAUGUUGAAAGUGAUUACGAACCAAUCUGAUAUUGUGAUAAUGAUAUUAACUGUGACCAUGACAAUUAAUAUAACAUCCGCUAUUCAAUGUGACUUCAAAUAUGUUUUGGAUGAUGAACAAUCAAAUGAGAAUGCAGAAGGAUCAUUGAAUUCUUUGAAUGAGGUUGUUACUGUUUCAAAAACAAAAAGUCAACAAACGAUCUUCGAAUGCGAGGAUCCAUACGAUGAUUAUGAAGCGAUAACAGAUGUUUCUUCCAGAGUGAAACCAAUGGAAUUGGACACGAGAUUCGGGGAGGACGAUGAAUAUGAAUCCGUUAGGAGCGAUUGCCCAUCAAAUAAAAAGACGAUACGACCAAGGGCGCUCAACAAUGUUCUCAACCAGUUCAUGACCAUUGCAGUUGUACAAGCAAUCGAAAUUGACGAAUGCGGCACAAGAAACGAGCAUUGUAGUGGACCACCUGCACCGAUAGGACAAUUACGUUUAUGUCGACAACAAUUUGUUACAAUUACUAUGAAAGCUUACAAGAAUAAUGAAACCCUUGAUGAAACCGUUGAUCAACCAUUUUAUUUUCCAAGUCAUUGUGUUUGUGAACUCGUUCAGAAAAGGAAAAAGCCACUGCUGGUCUGAAAUAAGCUACCAAAAUUAACUAAAAACAAAACAACAAAUUCGAUUUCACAAAAACAUUCAUUUUAUUUCUCGUUAUCGCUCUAAUUCGACUUUACGCAUUUUUAGAAUUAAAUUACAAAUUCUCGAGUUUUUCAAUCUUUCCGAUAACCUUUGCCAAAAAUAAAAUAACAAUUUUAUAUAGCAAAAGUUUUUUGCAGAAAGUUGUAAACAAAUCAAUUUUGCUACAAGUUUUCGUUUCACUCAAAAAGCAUUCGACGAGAUUUGCAUUUAAAAUAUUUGCGUUUUUAUAAAAAAAAUCUCAUUCAGUUUGACACAUUAAAAAACAUAAACAAAAAAAUGGACGAAAGAAGUAGAAUUUGUUACAAGUCUUUCUCUGCAAAUGAAAAGGCAAUAACUUGACUUUGAUUGCCUUUUGUAAAGUUUACAAAAAUCAAACAUCGCUUUUAAAUAUUUUUGGAAGGAUUUAAGAAAUUAUUUUCUCAGUUAUUUUAGAGGUAAAAGCGCCACAAUUAUGAACACACAUCUAGAAGAUAUGUCAUGGAAAAUGUUAAAUGUUGACAGGUCAUCCUUAAAAAUGGAUUAAUUAAAUAGAUGAUUAUGUAGGAGGAGAAGAAAUGAAGAAUUAGCCUCGAGAGAUUAAUCGAAGAGACAAAUAAUUAAUAUUAGUCGCCAUCAAUCAACUUCGUGUAAUUUCUUCUUUCUUUUUUUCAUUUAAUCAACUUAAAUACAACAUUAUUUAAUCAUUAUUGUUAUUAUGUUAUUUUGUCUUUCAACAUUGAAGUAUCAAAAAGCGUCUUUCACGCUAUUUAAAAAGCUUCUUUUAAAAUUUAAAUGUAAGUCUUCACCAGACGAUAGUUGUGAAGUGAAAUUAAAAAAAUUGUUAUCACUCGCGGUUUACAUCCGAAUGUGGAAAAAAGAAAAUGUGAAUGUUUAACACACAAUAAAUUUUACAACAUUUAUUUAGAUUAAUGCUUAAGAGUAAUUAAUGUUUUUUUUGUUUCUUCUUGUUCAGUUUUUCAAAGCACCAAAGCAAUUUUUUUUUCUUCAAUUUGUGAGUUUUUCACUCUUUUUUUUGUUUCAAAUAUUGUUUUGAUGUAUUGUAAGUGUAAAAAUUGUGUUAAGUUUAAUUUUCGUUUGUGGUUGGUUGUCAAUAUGAAUAUAUUCGAAUAUAUUUAAAUUUCCGUAAAGUUCGACAUUUUCUCACCAAAUUUUCCGCUAAUAAAUUUUUUCUUCUUAUUUUUUUUGCUUCUAUUUCAACUUUAUAGGAAGUUGAAUCACGUAUUUCAAAUCUUUAUCAGCUUUUAAUCGCAAAAAGUUGUGCAUGUUCUUUAGAAUGUUUACGCGCGCGAUUAAAUUUUUGGUAUAAAUUGUGAUCUUGAAAUUGAAUACUUGAUUUAAAUUGUGUCUAGAUUUUUGCUAAUUUUAUUAUAAUUCCAUUAAUUUGGACACUGAAAUAUUUUGUUUCUCUUCUCUUUACUAUUUUAGCACAAAUGCAACAGCACAAGAGAUUUGAAGAAGCUUCACAACAAGCUACUCCAAAUCUAACUUUCGAAUCCUAGAGAUUCCAAAUAUUAUUAAUUUCAUUAAUAAAAAAUUGUCUUUGCGUUUUUAAAUACAUAUUUAUGUGGCUUCGAGCCCAAAUGAAAUUUUCUCUCUCAUCAUUUCAUUCAAUCACAAGUUUUGUUUCUUUUUUUUUCUCACAUUGAAGUUUGUUUCUCCAUCAUAAUCUUUAACCAUCUAAUCAUUAAUUUAUUAUGGCAGUUGAGAGAAAUUAUAAAACUUAAAUAUUUUCCUGUUUUUGCUGAUAACAUUUCUUAUGCACUAACUACAAAUCCCGAAAGAUGAAUCUCUGAGCGGUUGGUGAAUAUCUUCUUCGUUUGUUUGUUUUCUUCAUAAUUUAAUUUUUACUUCAAAAAAGCUGUGAUUAACAAGUAAUGAAGAGUAGGGGGAAAAAGUUUCCCUAACACAAUCAUCUUUUUCUAGUUGACAACAAAAAUCUGUGUCGUGAUAAUAAUAAUAAUAAUAAAAAAUGAUUUGUGUGUCUGCUAGUAUUUGACGAUAAUAAUUUUAAUAUGAUAAAUGAAAAAAGAAGCUGAAUAAGUACGGCAAAUAUCGAUAUAAAAAAUUUGCACGCCGCUAAAUGAUGCUCUUUCCUAUAAAUCAUCUUGCAAUGACUCCUCUCGACUACUCUUACGUGAUUUUAAUAUUGAACGGAUUUCUUCAUUUUCCGAUGAAUGAUUUUUCUUUAAGAUUGGUUUCGGUCUGCGUUCCGGUUGCGAAUGAUCACUUUCAACUUUUAAAAUUGGCUUAAUAUAAGAAGACUCACUUUGAAUAUCAUCAAUGAUUAUCAUGUCUUUACAUAAUUCAGCAGCUGCAAGAAUGACAGCUUCUGAGAUGGACACAUGUUUGGUAGGUUGUUCGUUGUGAUCGGAAGGCGUUAAACUUGGCUUCUUGAGAAUACCCUGAACUCCUGUUGAAGACGAUGAAUUUGGAGUGUUGUAACCACCAGAUGAUCCUCCAAUUCCUGAACUAUAACCGGCAGCACUGCCACCACCACUCGAAUCAUAACUUUUCUGCUUCAAAAUACCAUGAUUAUUAAUCUCUUCUGAACUGUUUCUACGACGAUUAUUUUUCACCAAACAUCCUUUCUCGCUUUCGGAUGAUGCUGACGAUGGUGAAUGACUUCGACUAAACCGUAAUGACUCGUCCAGUGAACUACGUUUCUUCAAUAUUCCCUGUCGAUGUGUCGUACGACGUGAUGAUGUCGUUGGCUCCAUGUCGAUGACAUUGGGUGAAAAAGUGACUAGACUCGCAUUUGAGCUUGUUGAGCUGUCUUUACGCUUAAGAAUUGAAACAAUCUGAUUUGAGGGUUGUGUUGAAUUUUCUUCGCUUUUUCUUCUGCUGAUUGCAUCACGAUUUGUGUUCUGGUGGGUUGUUCGAUUACUGUACAUUGUGUGAACGUUUCGACGUCGCGGAUCGAUCUGAAGUGAAGAGUCAGAUUCAUAAAUCACGAUUUCAUCGUCAAACGAUUUACGUGUGUGACGAUGUUUUAAACGUAUCUUAACACUUUUUGAUGUUGAUGCCUUGCCCAUUGAUGAUGAAUAUCUAUUGUUCUUAUUAUCACUGUCAAUUUCUUCAUUAUCACACCUUUUCGUAAUUACUAAUGCUCCAAUACCUUCUUCCGCGUUAUCUUUUAAUGCGAUGACUUCGUUAGCAUUUCUGUUAUUGUUUGUUGGACUUAAAUUCUCGUCAUCGCUUUUAUCAGUCAAUUGAAGAUUUGUGGGAGUGGUUGGCUUUGAAGCGAAAUUCGAGCUCGAAGCAGAUCCACAUGAAAAGACUCCAGACGAUGAACUAAUUGGUGAUGUUGCCGGUAGAUGAACAGAGUCAUUUGUAUCUGAAUCGUCAUCGUUUUCACUACCUUGAUUUCCAUUUUUACCCGCAUAUAUUUCCACCAGUCCCUCGUCAUCAGAUACUUUCUUUGUUUCCAUCUCACACACGAUACGUAAAAAACAGCGAUUGAAGAAAUCACACGUUUUAAGUCUAUCAGAUCUUAAGUUUCAUUUAAUGAAUUUAAGUUACAAGAACUCACUACCAUUUUGCUGUUUAAAAAACCUAAAUUUAAUUCA